GCCAAGUACAUAUAAGGGACAAAGCUGAAAGUUGAGCUGCUUGUGAUCACAUCACUCUCCUUUGCAUGUGUUUUGUGGUACGAGAAACGGGUCGAAAAUGGGUCAUCACUGCUGUAGCAAACAAAAGGUUAAGAGAGGGUUAUGGUCUCCGGAAGAAGAUGAUAGACUUGCCACUCAUAUUAUUAAUCAUGGUCAUGGCUCUUGGAGCUCUGUCCCCAAAUUAGCAGGACUUCAAAGGUGUGGAAAAAGCUGCAGAUUAAGGUGGAUAAACUACUUAAGGCCAGAUCUAAAGAGGGGUUCAUUCACAGAAGAAGAAGAAAGAACAAUAAUUGAAGUACAUAGAAUUCUAGGCAAUAGGUGGGCCCAAAUUGCCAAACAUCUUCCAGGAAGAACAGACAAUGAGGUAAAGAAUUUCUGGAAUUCUUGCAUCAAGAAAAAACUUCUUGCUCAAGGCUUUGAUCCCAACACUCAUAAUCUCCUUCAAAAGAAGUCAAAAUCUAAGACUAAUGCUUCUAAAUCUGCUAAUCAUCAUCGGUUUCCAUCGAAUUCGAGCUCGUUAGUCUUCUCAGAUGAUCAUGACCCCCAAACUUGCUUUCCAAAAACAGAUAAUGAUACAGAGUUACAAAAUAACACUAUCAACUUUGAGUGCAACAACUCUGCUAGUUAUACACAAUUGCAUAAUAUUGCACCAACUUCGGAUUUUUGGAGCAAUGAAUUCUUAGCUAUGAACAAAUCUGAUUCCAUUUCUAAUGAUGUUAAUUUAUGUGGUUAUACCUUGGAUGAAAAUUCGAUUUGGAACACUUCAACAAGCUUGGAGAACUUUGUACAACCAAUGCAAACAACCCAAGUGAUUCCAACUCAAGAGAUAAUUGGUGGUGCCAAUGAUUACGACUUGGAUGCUUCGUUGUUCAACAUGUUAAGUAUUAACUAUGGCUUUGAGGACUACCCUGCCUCGACUACGAUUUUACCGGCCGCCGGAGUGUAUGGUGGUGAAAUGGGUUAUGCCAUGGAUCAAGUUGCAUGGUGUGAAGGAAACAACUUUCAAUGUGGGUCUUUUGCCUUGUAGAUGAACUAGAUCAGUAGUCCAAUUAAAAGCAUAAGCUUAUGGUUGAAUAUCAUUAUAUUCGUACACAAAACAAACCACAUACACAUGGAUCGGACACACAAUAUAUGUAUGGAUUGGUGAAUCGUGCACACAUGUAAAAAGUUGAUUUGACUACAUGUGUUAUAGACUAUACAAAUUAAACUUAAUAUGGAAUACCUCAAACACUAUAUUAGAGUAUGUAUGUUGGAAUUCAGCUGUGAUUUUACAUGUUGGAAUUUACUUGAAUGUAUAUGCAUGUUGAUGAAUUAUUAGUUUAGGUCACACCGUCCCUUUAUGUCGUGUAUGCUUGUAUUAAACAAUCCCUUUAUUGGACAAUUAUUACAAUU